CAAAGUUUAAAAAUUCGAAUAAUGUUAUAACUAAUAGAAAUUUUGCUAAUUCUUAAUAAAAUGCUUCUUAAUCUUAAACUGCACUUUUAUAAUAAUAGCCCUCAGAUCGGUUCAUUAUAUUAAGCAAAAUAAAAAGGAAAGAAAUCUUUAUUAAAAUUAAAUGUAAUUACUAAUAGAAUCAACAAAUUAUUACAAGAAGAAAUAGUUUUAUAAAAAAAAGCUGAGGAUUUAACAAACAAAGCGAAUUACAUUUUUGAAAAAAAAAAGCAAAUUUAAUAAAAAAAAGAAUAAUAAUAGAAGAAAAAAAUAAUAGUAGAGGAAAUUCCUUUUACACAUCCCAAAGGCUAAUUAAAUAUGCUAAAAUGCUAAAUUGCAAAGCAAUUUUAACAGGAAUAAAAUAAAGAAAAAUCAUAUAAUUUAAAACACGAAAUAGCCGAAUUGUAUUCCAAAAAGUCAAUGGAAGAUUAAAUUUUAUAAGAAAACUUAAAAUGGAAAGUUUCAUAAGUGAAAUAACAGUAAUAAAUAUCCAAGUAAAAGUAAUUGGAAUACAAACAAAGAAAACUUGAAACGGUUUUAAAAGAAAAAACUAAAUUUUUUAAAGAGAAUAAGAAUAAUUAAAAUAAAAAGAAGAAAUAUUAAAAAAGCUUGAAUAAAUAGAAAUGAACAAAAUCAAUACAUUAAAUUAUACAAAAUAAAGAAAUUAAUAAGCUCUUGAAUAGCUUUAAUUCUCUAAAAACCAUUAACCUGCUGAAUAUUAAGAGAAAUUCAUAAAUAAUAAUAGUUAAACGGAAUGUUACAAAAACCCAUCAGUAAAUAAAUAUUAAAAUUAUGCUUAGACUAUUUAACUUGAAUUUGAUAAAAAUAAUAAUUGCAUUAUUAAAACUUUAAAUUGACU